UCCACAAUGGCCACCUCGCUGGGCUGGACGCUGUUGCUGGCCGUUUCGGCCGCCUGCGUUUCGUGCAGCUGCGGGGUCGACAUUCCGUGGCGCUGGCAGGGCAGCUCGGCUGGCCGCCGGGCACCGCGCGAGCAGAACCGCUGCCUGUCCGAUGCUAACGCCCUCGAGAUCGGUGACCGCUCUACCUGCCCGUUCGACGUCAUCGUCAACGUGGACCCGAAGCGCAUACCCGCCGAGAUACCCAUGGCGAGCUGCCGGUGUCCGAAAUUCCAGUGUGGCCCGAACAAGCGCUGCGUGACGCUGUCGUACGCCAUCGACGUCUUGUACAACGUGAGCGGCGUGUUGAAGCUGAAGAAAAUCGACACUUCGUCCGGAUGCGUGUGCGCGUCGCCUCAGCUUGUGUCCGCUGAUAACACUACUGUGGCGGGGAGAGCUCCGAGGGUAGACAACCCGGGCUACUACCUCAUGCGGUGACUUGGCCGGCUCACAAUAAAUUCUC